CGAAGACUUUGCUCACUGAUUGCUUUGGUCUCUCUGCUUCCCACUCUCUAUGCUAUGCAGUAACCUCUGCAUCGCCUUAUAUCUUACCUACCCUUAGUUUCCAAUUUCCCUUACCUAUCCCAAUCCACCAUGGGAGAAACCAAAAGCAGAAGUAAAGCCAUUAUACGUUUCCAAAGCAUUCAGGAUCUUUCUCCCUUGGAAACCACGACGCUCGAUGACCCUCUCUACCUCAACGCCCGCCUCUGCUACAAUCUCAGCGACAGCCGUGGCACUGCUCGUAAUUAUUUUGCCUGUCUUUCGAUUUCGGAGAAGAGAGAGCAGCGACAAGGUUUCGAGCCUACUCCGGUGCAGCUCCUCAACCACCCUUUGGCUGCUCUAUCUUACGUACCCAAAGACGCUGCCAUUUUCGCAGCUGGUGCCGUCGCCGGAGCCGUUGCUAAAACCGUCACGGCUCCUCUCGAUCGAAUUAAGCUUCUUAUGCAGACGCAUGGGGUGAGAGCUGGGCAAGAGAGUGCAAAAAAGGCUAUUGGUUUCAUUGAGGCGAUUGUAUUGAUUGGGAAGGAAGAAGGGAUUAAAGGUUACUGGAAGGGCAACCUUCCUCAGGUGAUAAGAGUCAUACCUUACAGUGCUGUCCAACUCUUUGCAUAUGAAACUUACAAGAAACUUUUCAAGGGAAAAGACGGCGAGUUAUCGGUUGUUGGAAGACUUGCUGCUGGAGCUUGUGCUGGCAUGACAUCUACUUUUAUAACAUAUCCAUUAGAUGUCCUCAGACUACGCUUAGCUGUGGAACCAGGGUACCGGAAAAUGUCUGAGGUUGCUUUGACCAUGUUGCGAGAGGAAGGUUUUGCAUCCUUUUAUUAUGGUCUUGGACCUUCUCUCAUUGGCAUAGCUCCAUAUAUUGCUGUGAACUUUUGCAUAUUUGACCUCGUGAAGAGGGCUUUGCCAGAAAAAUAUCGUCAGAAGACUCAAGCAUCUCUACUAACAGCUGUAGUGUCAGCUCUUGCUGCUACUGUCACUUGCUAUCCUUUAGACACAGUGAGAAGACAAAUGCAGAUGAGAGGCACACCAUACAAGUCAGUUUUGGAAGCCAUUCCAGGUAUCAUUGAACGGGAAGGAGUUAUUGGCUUGUAUAGAGGCUUUGUUCCCAAUGCAUUGAAAAACCUACCAAACAGCAGCAUUAGGCUUACCACCUUCGACAUUGUCAAACGUCUAAUAUCAGCUAGUGAGAAAGAGUUUCAGAAGAUUGUGGACGAAAACCGCCUUAAAGAAAAGCAGGAAACCAAUGUUGGAGAACCUUGAUCCUCAUGAUCUUCAAGUCACAUUUUUAAAGUUUGUCUGGUGUCCAUUUUUCCUUUGGAGCUCACGAUUUGCUAGAAUCACCCUGUAUUUGUGAGAAUUCCACGCUUAGAUUAGUGCUGGGAAUGUUCCCUAGAUUGCCAAAAGUUGCUGUAGUCAGCUUGGUGUUUUUUUUUUUGGUUCAUUUUUAGGUGGUGGAACUGCAAUCUAAUUUCCACCAUAAUGGUACGAAAUUUGCAGUACCAAGUAAUCAUGUAUUGUACAAGCAAAUGCUUAAGUUGCCACUUAAUUUUGUAAGACAAUUGUUCCCGCUGCAACAACGACUACAAUGUUUGAUCU